CUUGCACUGCACUUACUUAGAGCCGAGAAGCCUCGUAGGAUUAUUAGACAGCAUCAGUAAAAUAAGAGCUAGAUACUCUUAUUUAGUUUUGACCAGCCAAACAGGUUAAAAAGCCUGUGCCUGGGCUAGUGGAAUUUGAGAGAUCCAUGAACAAGGAUUUUUUCCCACUGGUAAAAGAAGUUAAGUUUUUUAGUAUUGUGUUAUUGAGAAUCGUAGUUUGUGUAGUUGUAGUUUCGAACCAGCAUGAAACCAAAUGGCUGACUGGCAAUAUAUCGCAUCGUUCGUGUGGCUUGGUCUGGUUGUAUUUUAGUAUUAAAAGCUGUUUGAUCUGCUCUUCUAUCUCCAUACGUAUCGUCUCCCUCGAAAACAUGGUGUAAUAUUUGGGUAAUGUAUUCUGACAGAAAUGCAAGGUGCAGUGUGUGUUAAUAUUUAUGAAGUCCUCUAGCAUUAUCAUUACCACUAUCGGCUAUUAUAUUUAUAUGUACAACAACAUGGUCGCAUCAUCAUCAUCACCACUUGAUUAACUGGGUCUGGUUUGGUUUGUGUUCUGGUGGAAAUGUUGCACUAAAAAAAUAAAAUACACUGGAUCCAUCAAUUUCGGUUCUAGCAAACUGUACCAAAGUCAAUGUCAAGUGAGAAAAGAGAACGAGUGAGCGAGGGCAGAGAUGUGAAUGAGUUGGGUUCAGUUUUCUAAAAGGUUUGCUGCGAUAUGGACUCACAAAACUGAAACGCAAACCUUUCUACGUUUUGUAUGGAAUGGUGAUCGUGAAUCUGCUUCUUGUCGGUUAAACUUAUUUCCAAUAUUGAACAUUUAUUGUUACAUAUUAUCGUAUUCUCUCCGGAUAAUCGUCAAUCUGCAGAUACACAAAGUCUGACUGUGAACCGUUUAAAAAAAUCAAAUCAAAAGUAUCAAAGAAAUCCUCACAAAUUUUCAUGUGUACACCAACACGGAUUAUUCUUCUUAAUAAUAAUACAAAUAAUAAUCACUACAUUACAAGUAUGUUUUUGUUCUACUCUUCUUAAUCACCAAUUAUAAGUAACUGCUAUUACAAAAAUCAGACAAAAAUAUUGUGAAAACUGAGACGGUCAUGUUAUGAAGAAUCGAAAUGGGAAACCACUAUUUGCAUAUCUGAGCCAACAUGCCAAAAUUAAGUAAAUAAAAAGUGCAUACUAGUUUGUCGCAAAAAGACCUAAAUAAUAAAAAGUGUGCGUGGUGAAUGAAUUGGCCAAGACGAAGAAAACCAACAUCCGAUGAAGUAAUAUAAUAACAAAUCGAAUGAAUAAAACAGGUCUCGUCGUCCGUUUGAAUAAGAUAUUUUGUUGAAUAUUAAGAUUCCAUUUCACAUCCUCACUUAUUACCUGUCAGCCAUCAGCAAAAGUAAAUGUUGUGCCUGUUCAAGAAAGGGAAUAAUACGAAAGGAGGUGCAAGUGAGAGGAGUUAUGCAACUCGAGAUUGCAAAUUGCUAUACUUACUCGACCACCACACGGCGCAUACAAUCGACGCUGAAAAGUACAUCAUCUACAAAUUACUCGCAUCAAAGAUAAGUACGCUACUCGUUUCUGUUGGUGUUGAACUGCUGUUGCUGGAUGGACUCGAGUAAUCCGUACAUAAUUUUAUUACCCAUUGUUAAUUGUUCUACAUCGAAGUUGACAUUGUCUUUGUCGCGUGGUAAAAUUUAUUGGAUUUGCUAAAUUGAAUUAGCCAAGCUUUGUGUUUGUGUAUGUGGGAAUUAGUGCACGACCAGUCAAAUCACAUUUCGUCCAAUCUUAUGUAUGUACAUAUUAUUUAUUCAUUUCAACAAAGGCCUUGAGACUUGUGGAGGUUUCAUGAGAAGUGCAAUGCUCGCGGAGAUGCUGUGAGACGUCAUCUUCAUCAUUGGAACAAACCAAACGAUCAGUAUUGAUGUUCAGUUGUGUUCAUACAACGUAAAUAUUGGAGUAUUACAUAAGAUAAGGAAUGUUUUCACAACAGUGCAGUGGUGCCAAUGAAACAUUAUUACGGCUCGGUUGGCACAAAUGGCAAAUAAUAAAUACCAAUAAAUCUCAGCCAUCGCUAGCUGGAGGAUGUGAAAACUGAAACUUUGGCGAGUUUUUAAUGUAUUGAGUGAUGACUUCUUGUGCUAAUCGUGUAAUUUUUCUUACAUCUAUAAAUUCAACUUUAUUAGUAUGACAAAGAGGAUAUAUGAUUCAUCAUUCAGCGUGCCAGAAAUGGAAUUAAUGUUUUUAAACAAUUCCUGAAAAUUAUAAUAAACUGACGUCCAUGGACUAACUAGCUAAACCGUGAAAUAGUAAUACAAGUCCAACCAUCAUUCGUCCGCCUAGUGCCUCUCCAUGAAAUUUAAUGCCUCUGGAAAUUUAUUUCGUAUUUAUCAACUAAAGUCUCAAAUUUCCUAUGAAACUACGUUGGACAGUAUUAGUCAGCCAAGGAGUUUAAUACAAAUACAAAUACGCACUUGUACAUAUGUAUGUACAGAAUGAACAUCAAGUGACGCUGCAUGUGCUGUGUAAAAUUAUAUGAAAAUGACUAUGCAAUGAGCAAUCCGACUUAUUUUCUUAAAAUCCAAAAAUAAUCUUGUGCCUCAGACUUGGAUUGCGACAGACAGUAUUCAUUCAUCCAUCCAUUAGCAAUAUUCGUAUGUAAUAUGCAAAAUAUAUAGGUAGCAAUAUUUUGAGCCAGUGGUUUGUGCAAAAUAUAUGAGCAAAAUGUUUGGGAAGAAGAAGAAGAAAGUUUUGAUCAGUCAGCCGACGAAUUUUGAACACCGGGUGCACACGGGAUAUGACAAGAAGGAGGGGAGGUUCAUCGGGCUGCCUCCACAGUGGGCGUCAGUCGUCGGGAGCAAUAUUGUUCUCAAGAGCACGAAUCGUCCACUUCCGCUGGUUGACGUUUCUGAGAUUACGCCAACAGAGAUUCUUGAUUUGAAGGUACGGACGGUGGUUCGAGGCGAUGGAUGUCGACGAGAGGACUUGAGUCAUCUCCCCAAAAUAUCCAGCGUAGUUCGGUCCAACUCUCUCCGAUCGUCCAGCCCCCCAAGAUUACGACGAGAUUUUAGAAUGCAAAUCCCAACUUCGGUCCCAGAGGAGGAUGCAGUUAGUCAUCAGCUACGAUCCUCAUCUCGAUUUUCUGCACAUCAGCCUUCUCCGCAGUUUGGUGGACAAAUCCUUCCACCCAUGGCCAUGGGGCAUGAGAUGCCAUUCCAGUCGAAUGGAAUUGAGAGAGGAGGAUACCCGAACCAUUCCUCGAUGCUUCCACUGCCUCAGAGAGUAGCAUCUCCGCAUGGUCACAUGCGAAAUAGUCCAACUGGAAUGUUUGGCAGUCCAAAUCGUGGGGUCAACGGACAUAAUAUGCAGGAGCCAUCCCCGAUUCAUCCUGUUGGAGGUCACAGUGCAGUGAGCAUCCCUUCGUUCCCCUCAUCGUCGUCCAAUAAUGGUCCCACCAACGGAAUGGGGUUUGCCAAUAAUCACAACCGUUUCCCAUCAUCCGUAGCACCCCCAGGAACAUCGCACCAGCCACAACAAUCACAACCUCCACAAGCACCACCAAAACCAUCUCAGCAUCAUCAACAGCCAUCUCACAUGUGGAACGGUGGACCACCUCCUCCGGUCAACGGAAAUGGAGGACCACGUUUGGUGCACGAGAAGGCUAAUGGAUCCGUCCCCACGAAUGGAGCUGGGAUGAUGAGCUCCAGCACAAGUUUCCCUACAGCCCUACAUCAUCAUCAAGUGCAACAUCAACCACCACCUAUUCCAUCCCCAAUGCCAAUGUCAAUGUCCAUGAACUUUAGUCGUCCUCACUACCCACAACCCAGCCCCACAACGGCACACAUGUCCAUUUCCUCCGCAGGGAGUGGGACAAGUACGACAGGCGUUAGCACAGGUCAGCCAUCCCCAGCAACUAAUGUUCCAAUAAUGCACACCCAACAACAACACCCACCUGCGCCCUUGCCAAAGUCGUAUCAUUUAGGGAACAAUCCCCUAGCUCCGCCUUUAGUCAAACCGUCGCCUCCCUUCCCACCUUCGUCGUCGUCCUCUACGGAUCACAAUCAAAACCAGAAGACACAAGCACCACUUCCAGUUCAACUACCUCCGAAGCCAUCUCCUCAAGCUAAUCAUAAUAAUCCACAGCCGGCUGAAAUUAGAUUAACACACGAACAGUUUCGUGCGGCCCUUCAAAUGGUGGUCAGUCCUGGUGACCCGAGAGAUAAUUUGGAGAACUUUAUAAAGAUUGGAGAAGGUUCGACUGGAAUUGUUUGCAUUGCGACGGAUAAGACCACAAGGCGUCAAGUAGCCGUAAAGAAGAUGGACUUGAGAAAGCAGCAAAGACGAGAAUUGUUGUUCAAUGAGGUGGUAAUUAUGCGAGACUAUCACCAUCCGAACAUUGUUGAAAUGUACGAUAGUUUCUUGGUGGAGGACGAGCUUUGGGUGGUGAUGGAAUACCUUGAAGGAGGUGCCCUCACAGACAUUGUCACACACGCCAGAAUGGACGAAGAACAAAUUGCUACUGUGUGCAAACAAUGUCUCAAAGCCCUGGCGUACCUACAUUCGCAAGGUGUCAUACAUCGAGAUAUCAAAAGUGAUUCCAUACUGCUUGCUGCUGAUGGACGGGUGAAGCUUUCUGAUUUCGGGUUUUGUGCACAAGUGUCUCAAGAAUUGCCAAAAAGGAAGUCACUGGUUGGAACCCCCUACUGGAUGAGUCCGGAAAUAAUUUCUCGUCUGCCAUAUGGAACGGAAGUUGAUUGCUGGUCAAUGGGCAUCAUGGUUAUUGAGAUGGUGGACGGUGAGCCACCAUUUUUCAAUGAACCUCCCCUCCAGGCCAUGAGGAGAAUAAGGGACAUGCCACCUCCGAGAAUAAAGAAUCAAAUCAAAGUUUCGACAAGAUUAAUUGGAUUCUUGGAGAGAAUGUUGGUUCGAGACUCCUCCCAACGCGCCACUGCACAAGAACUUCUAAACCACCCUUUUCUUCGCGAGGCCGGAAAUCCGUCCGUGUUGGUCCCUCUUAUGCAGAAUCUCAACAGGGCAAUGGGGGGAAUGCAAAAUCAGUAAUUUUUCAGCAAACUUGUUGCGUGUGACGUUAUGUUAUGUUAUAUUUACGUACAUGAGGCUAGGACUUGUGUUCCAACGCAUUCAACGAUUCUAUUGCAAGGGUUCAGAGGUACAAAAUCGUGUAAUUUCAGAAACUUAACAAUUUUUCUCGUCUUUUCUAUUAGUUACAUCGUAGUAUUGAGUAAUUGUGAGUAUGGGAUUUGACAACAUACAAAAUAUACAAGGUGGCAAAACCUCUGUUUCAUUUGGCGUCCCACGUUGUUGUCGGGGUCGUGAUUAAAGGGAGUUUAAUUAAAAUAAGCCAAAGAAAUGCAAACUAUUUUAAAUUAAGGGACUUAUAUUUUCCAUGUUCAGAGGCUUUGCAAAUUCAGAUACAAACUUGAUUAGCUUAAAGUCCCUUUGAUGUAGGCAUUUUAUCCAUACGUCCGUGUGUCAGAUUAAAAAAUAAUGGCUGAGCAGACUCCCACCACAUUCCGUCCAAAAGGGAGAAGGAAAUCCUUUAAAACUGAUGAACUCACAAUGCCUUUCAUAUCUACAUAAAUAGGUACAUAUAAGUAUAUUUGAACAUUCCAUAACAAUCCAUGCAUUUCGCCCAGGUGCCUAUCGCAAACGUACAGUAUCACAAAAUUGACAAUGAUAUUUCCGUAAAGUAUUUCCGUAAGCAACGGAUGAGGAGGAGACCCAAAUCCAUGAUUUAGGUGAACUUGCAUGUUGCAUCUUCCACAAAUAGUGAGAUUUAUGAGAGCCUAUGCAUAUAGAAGCAUAUUUAUGAUGUAAAUGGAGCAGAAACCGUAAAAAGAUUAUAAACCGGGCACCACACAAAAUAGGCUCUCUACACGUUGAAUAUUAUUUCUCGUAACGAAGAAGAUUAGGAGUUUGCCAUAAUAUUAAAUCACGGACCAAGAUGAGGUAAAUACACGACUACUCACAAAAUGUAGUGGCUGCAUAAUCUCUCUACCUCACGAUGACCGAGAUUGUUUCCUCUUUUGGCAUUUAUUAUAUAUUUACGGGUUUAUGCAAGAAAAGUUAUUCAUCAAUUUCAAUGUACAUUAUAAAUUGCACGUAACAAGCGCACAUUAUGCCUUGCUUGUUUGUAGUAGUCAGGUUUACCUACUUUUAAUAUUAUCACUCGAGUCCUUAUGAAAUGCAAUGUAAAGUAAUUUCCGUGACUUGAAUGUUAUACACACAAAUCCAGAAUGAUUGGAAGAUGAACAAUAACAAGAAAUGAUGCAAAUGUCCAAAAGACACAGAUUCUAUUUUAAUCGGAAUAUUUUAGAGUUCACUUAUUUGCUUGGUAAUGUUGAGCGAAUGUGUUUGUAUUUUUUAUGUAAGCGACGACAAAAGUAUAUGUUAAGACAUUGACGAUAAAAAUGGAAAUAAAAUAAAAUGUCAGAAUUGCUAA